GGUCCGCGCGUGAUUACGCAACUCGCCCCAGCUGCUCUCGUCAGUUCUAGAAGGGCGCCACAGACUACGCCGGCCUCCGCGGGAGUUUCUUGGGCGAAUAAGGCCCUCCUCACACGGGGAUACUGAAGUUGCUUAGAUACCGCGAGACUCGGCGACCGAGCGACUCGUCAUGUAGAUAGGCAUGGCGUCACUCAGACGGCGAUACUGGAGUGGCGGAGACUGGAAGUCGUAAGCAACGUAAAUCCCGGCGACUCAGCAUGCUGGUCUCCACGCUACUCCAGUAGCCUACGCGGCGCGAUACUGUAUUGUAGCGAACAAUGGGCGAGCAGGCGUUUAAUAUCAAAUUUGUAAACGAAGUUGAGAAACACCCAGAACUCUAUAACUACAAGUUGAAAGGGUAUUCAAAAAAGGAUGUGACUGACAAAGCAUGGAAUGAUGUCGCAAAAGAAGUGCAACUCACAGUUAACGAAUGCAAAGAAAAAUGGAAAAAUCUCCGUUCAGUUUUUGUCCGUCACAUAAAGCCACCUCCAAGUGGUUCAAGUUCCAAAAAUAAGAAACCAUAUUAUCUAUCGGAGGCAAUGAAAUUUACCCUACCAUUCAUAAAAACGCUUGGUACACCAUCGGGGAAUUUGCCAGAAGUCAUCAAUGAACAAAACCUGGAACACAGUUCAUCUGACCCAACACAAAAUACGGAAGACGUUGCGGCUGAAGAGGAGGAAUAUAUCUCAGAUAACGCAAUACUAACUACAACACCACAACUUUCCCUUCCUUCACCUAUGCUGCCAAAUACUGACUUCUCGCAAGAACAUGCUCAUCAUUCCCAACAAAUGACUCAUGAUCCCUUUUCCAACCCAAAAGAUAAUUUAUCAAAGCGUAAAAAGCAAACAGUGACGGAAGUGGACAAGUCCUUUAUGGAAUACAUGAAUGCAAAGAAAAGGAAACUUGAAUCGAAUUCAAACGAUGAUAGGCAAGUAAAAAAGUCGUUUCUUCUAAGCCUUUUACCAGAAAUCGAACCUUUGACAGAUGCACAAAUGAAAUCAUUCCGACGUAGGGUUCUGCAGCUUAUUGAUGACAUCACGAAUCCAAAAGACAUGCACCAACACGUACCAGCUUACCAACAGACCCCAACUUACUCCUACAGUGUUUCCACGCAUUCAUCGUUGGCUACAGAUAAUGCUUCAAUUUGUUCGUCGCCUGGAAAUCAAACUAUUCCACAGAAAGUACAAGAUACUGAAACGCAACAGUAUUUUGAAGUCAUCCAAGAGACUUUACAAUAUGAGCAGGAACAUAAUGUGAUGUGAUGUUUUGUUGGGUGUGUAAACAUAUAACUUUGGUGUACGUGUUUUUAUCUCUAUUAUGUUGUUUAUUUUUGUGUUUACAGUCAUGAUUUGAAUGUUUGUGUAAUGGGUAUUCUUUAAAUAGUUUAUAUAUAUACAUUUUUUCUUUUGCAGUACAUUAUUUGAAUGUGUAUUUCUUAGGUAUAUUUGAAUUAAACAUUGGAAUGAAUUUAUGCAUAAGAUAUGUUUAUACUUUCACCUUUCAGUUGACUGGAAUACUUGGGUAUAAAUAACUUUAGAUUAUUUAACCUGUUAACGUUAAAGUGCACAUUCUUAAGAUCCAUACAACAGCCAUUUUCCACAGAUAAAAUAAGUAAUUGCGGCCUCAAGUUAAAAUGCAUACAUUGUUUUUAUUCGCCAAGCAUCAGUAUAUACGUUAAAAUACUUGGAAAGAAAUAGAUUUGUGUUGAAGGGAAACAUUUAGAAGUGCCUUAACAAAAAUUCGUAAUAAUUUGUAUUUCUUAACUUACUUACCUCAAAGUUAUCAGCAAUCGUUCACCGGGGCUCACGCAUUCCCUCAUAGUGGUAUCCCUAUAAUACAUCGCAGGUGUAACAAUUUCCGUUAACAUUUGGUAAGUCUCCUUCGUCAUUCUGUAGAAAGCGAUGAAUUUUGAGUCUGUCUCUUGCAAUUCUUUGGCCGCGACAAAUAAUCUACAAUUAAUGUUCCUUUCUAUAUAUGGAUGAACCCACAAUCUUUUCCUACUUCGUUUUCUAUAAUGUUGAUAAUAUUGGAUAACAAUAUCACUAUCGUCACUGCUGUUAUCACUGGACAUUACAUACAAUAUAUAGGCACUUCACGGUUCCACAAGAUACUCGGGCUGUACUCACGAUGCAUUUUUUCCUCCCAGUCUCUGAUAUUUUAGUAGCGUCGUGUGAAGAUAACGGGCGACUAGUCACCCAGUCACACAGUUGCCUAGUCUCCAGGCUACCAGCGAUCGUUUUGUAGGCAACUUCAGUAUCCCCGUGUGAGGAGGGCCUAAGUCCGCGAGAGUUUUUGGUGACAGAGUCCCACAGAUGGAGUCCCGCGGUGAGUUUGGCGACGGAGUGCGGCGAGAGUUGCGCGAAGAGGCGGCCCAGUGGGGAGUGCGGACGGUGGAACUUGACACUUGAGUGACGUGCGAGUAAUAGGUGAUUAAGCAUUUUUAAGUAAGAUUAUUUACUAGUGAUGUAAAUAUUGGUAAUUAAUAAAACUGUGAAAAGAAACAAAAUUGGGCUAUCCCUUACGCACCCAGUUCUCCCCACAUUAUUAAAUUGUAGUCUUAUCAAUAUGUUUAAAACUUUUGAGGACAUGUUCCUGCGAGCAAUUAUUGUUCUGUGUAACGUUUCCAAAUGUAUUUUAGCAUAACAUAUUAAUUUAAAGUAAUCAUUUGAAUGUGUUUGUGAUGCGAAACUACCAUAACCAAAAUUAUUUUUGAUUUUGAGGAUAUACACUAUAUAACUUUGAUAUAAACUGGAUACACAAGUUAUAGAAGGUUCUGGUUGAAACAAAUAGUGGAGAGGCCAGCUAUGGAGACGGUGAAGGUUGUUAUAUAUAUAAUAUUAUAUAUUAUAUAUAAAUAAAAGAAAAUUGCAACAUAGGUAAAUUAUUUAAAAAAAGGCCAGGGAAAUUAAAAAUUUGGUCAGGGAUAGUGAGGGAAAAUUAAGGGAAAUAUUAUUACAGAUUUGUGUGGACACCCGGGUUUUACCACUGCGACAUUUCGUUCCAUUCGUGCAUGCGUUUGGCAGAUGGCUGUAUUUGUGUACUUUAUUGGUAUCUGGUUUCAAAAUUCUCAUAAAACUGGGAGUAUGUUGUUUCUGACGAGCUUUUAACAUAAUGUGUCAUGUAGCGUAAAUUGACUCUGUUUUUACAUGCCGGUAGCCAAGUUGUACAGGUUUUCUAUUUAGAAUUAUAAGUAGAGUUGCUUUGAAUGGAAAGAUUUUUUAUGCGUCCGUAUUUGUAAUUGGAAUUUUAAAUAUAAUCGCUCAUGGAACACCAAUUUCACUUAUUUUUCGUGGAGUUUUUGACGGUGUAACUCCAACGCGCUACCCACACGAGUCCUAGCAGACCAUUGAGCGAUAGUUAAUAAGGUCCUCACACCCACGGACUGGUUCAGAAUUUAAUCAGCGAGCCUAUUGAAGUGUGUUCUCCUCUUCACGAAGUGCCGUCGGCUUUUAGUGGUCGUAGGUUCGACAGUGAGGCGUUAAGACGUGCUUUUAAGUUUUUUUUUCUGUACCCUUUGUUGUUCACGCUGGUCUUGGAUUUAUUCCCGCCGCGCCGGGGUGUCCCGACAGUGCCGUUUCCCCCCCGAAGCCUCGCGGCGCCGUGGAGGAGAGCGACUGCGUCUGGGUCCUGGCGGGGCGGGCUCAGUCAUGUCGCUUCCGUACGUUUCUGUAGCAGCUUUGGCUCUCGCCAUAUGGCAUUUCGUGGGAGUAAUCGCGUCACGGCGCUGCCAUCUGCGACGUAUGGCGCGAACUAAAGUUCACAAAGCCAAAGGGAAACACUAUAGUACUAACUCUUUAGUGAAUUAAAAAAAAAAUAUGGACAGUAUUUUAAUAAAAUAACGAGAAAAACUCGAAAUUAUGUAAGCAAAAUAAUGUAGGAUACUAGACCCUUAAGGCCCUCCCACAUUCGCGCAGUAAUGUCUUUCAGAUCUGUCUUUGUUGUGUCGAACAAGCUGUCUGAGGCGUGUUCUGUAGUACCGUGCCACAUUCACUUUGUCUGAUGCAUCUGGUUCACACGGUAAUUCAUAGAGUAGCACUGUAGACUAUUAUUAUACGUAUUUAUCUUGGUUUACUUUAGAGCGUUAUACAAAAUAUAAAAUAAUUGGAAUGUGUAUUAAUGAAAUUACGAUAAAUUUCUUGAAAACAUAAUUUAAUACAUAUUUGGGCCAAACCUGUUUAUUUUCAUGCAUACGCAUUAUUUAUUUAAAUUUCAAAGUACUUCGUCUUCCGUUUCAAAGCAACUAACCGGAAAAAAACAACAAAAUUAAAUGGUGUCUGAGAUGAAAAUGUGAAAACCUAAAAUUGGAAUGUUUAAUUAAAGAUUAUUUUUUUCGCGCUUUCUUACCGUUUGUUUGUACUCAUUAUGCUUCUCAUUUUCGAAUAUUGUUCAUGACAUGAGAUGCAGAAGGUGCAACUAAAAAGACUGGGUAUUAAUGGCCGCCAUCUUUAGUCUCGCGCGAGAAGGGACUCCGUCUCCCGGCCAGUCCACUUAUGUGCUGCGGUAAAAUAAACUCAUCAUUCUGAGUAAAACAACUAACUAAAUUCCACAAAA